GAUGUAUGCCAAAGGAAGUGAAUUGAUUAAUGGUCAUUGAUUGAUCUUGUAAACACAAAAAUAAAUCAUAAACUUUUCACGUUCUGACGGAAAAAAAGGUCAGCAAAAAUCCACCAAUGGCAUUGCGUAAUUUUCUCCAUCAGAUAUUUCCAAAAUAUCAUUUGCAUCUUUCUAGUAUUCGGCCGUCAACCUUUUCAAGGAACUUUGCAGUAAAUAUGACCGACAACAAAUUAAAUGUUAUUGAGUUUGAAAAUUUGAAAGACAAAUUAUUGAAUCGUAACAUUACUCUGAUAGAUGUGCGAGAACCGAAAGAGUUAAAGGAAGAUGGGAAAAUUCCAAAUUCUGUUAAUAUACCUCUGGGUCAAAUAGUGGACGCAUUCAAGAUGUCCGAAUCUGCUUUUCAAUCAAAAUAUGGAGUUCAAAAGCCAGAUGAGCAAUCAGACCCUUUCGUGCUAUCAUGCAGAUCUGGUAAAAGAGCAACUGAUGCAUUUCAAAAGUUGUCUGCUCUUGGAUAUAAUAAUAUUAGCGUGUAUUCUGGCAGUUUUCAAGAUUGGGUAAAAAAUGGUGGACCUAUAGAAAAAUAAGUUCAGCCCUGUGAUGAAGUGAAUAUUCUGCAGUUGAGCUUGAAGACAAUUUUGAUUAGUUUUUUUUUUUUAAUUUUACUUUAAAGUUUUUGAUGUUUUAUCAUUUAUAAAAUAUGUUAUAUGGAGG